AUGACAACCGUCGCUUUAUCGACGCCGUCUGCUGGAUCCUGCGCACGGGCGCCCCUUGGCGCGAUCUGCCCCCGGACUACGGGGACUGGAAGAACACCCACCGCCGCUCCUGCCGCUGGCGGGACCGGGGCGAGUGGGCCAGGCUGCUGGAAGCGGUGA